CCAAUGUACCCUGCAAGUUCUGCUUCCUGCUGCUGGCUUAGCUGCGCUCGGCACUGGGAAGUCAGAGGUGCACGCUUUCUGCGGGAACACGGGCAUUUAUUGAUGUAAAGCACCUCUCUGCAGUGGUAGUGCCUUGCUUCAUGCACACAUGCCAAACUGGUAAUGAGGAAGGUAACUGAGAGGAUUCUGAGAAGGUGAAUUAACUCCUACAAGUCUUGGAGAAAAUUUGGGUGCUCAAUGUGGUGAAUUAUAUCCAAGGUGUAUCAAUGUCUUUACUGUUGGAGCUCCUGCGGGAACUGAUGGAAUAUCUAGGUAUUCCAGUUGAUAGGCUUGUUCCAAUAUGGGAAAACUAUGCCAACAGGCAAUAUUUUCUCCGUGCUCUAAUGAACCAUCUCCCUUCAGUUUUACCAGGAAUUAAUUUGCAGGUUAUAGAAAGAUUGGAGUGUAAAGAAUAUGGCUGGACUCGCAGUGCGGUUCGGGUGAUUGGAACUUUACUGCCAUUGGCUCCUCCCCCAAGACCCUUCUUCCAGCAUGUCACAGGGCCUUAUGCAGUAGAAGGAAAGAGCGAUGGAGCAGUAUGCAGGCCUGGGAUUCCAUCACUGGGUGAUGUUAAUUGUUUGACAGACGAUGAUGUUUACUCUUACACCAGAUUUAGGCAUGAUCUACCAGGAAACCGAAGUAGAGAAAUAAAGUCUAUAGCACCAUCUUUCAAGAGAAAUCUGAGUUGGGAGCCCAUGAUAUUAAAUAGAGUGCCAGAUAAAAGUGUCCCCUCAAGUGAAAAUGCUAUUCAGAAAAUUGCCGCCCUAGAAGAUGAACUGUUGCAGCUAAGGGCACAAAUCGCUGCAAUUGUUGCUGUACAAGAAAACAAAUCCAUGCAGUCCUGUUCUGAAACCCUUUCUUCAUUUGGCAGUCCCACUCCUGAUUAUCCCCAGCCAUCUUUAACUUCUACUCCACUUUCGGGUCAGAUACUGCAGCCUGUAACCCCAGCACCCCCGCCACCUCCACCACCACCUCCUCCACCUCCUCCUGCAAAAGUAAAUUCUGGCGAAUCUGCAAUAGAACUUAUAAAAAAACGCAAGGGAGUUCACAAGCGAAGCCCAAGAGAGAGGGCAAUGGUAGAUAAUACAAAUAACCCGCCCAGUAUGAUGGAUGUACUGAAAGGCAUGAAUUCUGUUAGACUGCGUGCUGUAGAGAGGUCCCCUGGCGGAACACCCCUAACAAGAAAAGACAAAAAGAGGCGUUCCUUAGACGAUCCAGCAGCUAUUAUUGCCAAUGCCUUAAAGCAGAAAUUUGCUCAUAGACUCAAAAAUGACUCAUUUGAUAAGGAGAACAUUUCACAGGAAGAAUCUCCUUUCUCCAGUCCUGAAAUUCCACAGUUUGGGCGGCACCUUUUAAAGCCCAUUGGAAAGCGACCACAGGCACUGCAAGACGGAAAACAAGUUUUGGUGAAACCCAGACCCCAUGUAUACCAUUAAAUGUAGCGCAAUUCUGAGCUACUACAAAGACUUUUAUCAUAAAAGAGUUCAAUGCUGUUGGUAAUUUAUGAUUAUUUCAACAAACAAAAAAGAAUGUAAGUUUUAUUUUUAAAAAUAUCUGCCUUAUUUUGUCUGUCACCUAUGUCAUACACUGGUGGGUAUUUAAUAGGUUGCAAAGUAACAAAGUAGGCAGCAAGUCUAAAAUGACACAAGUUGACUGGUUUUAACUUGGCUUACCUUAAUUCUUUUAAAUUCUUUUUGUUUCUUAAAUAGGAUGGUAGAGUAUAAGCGUGCAGCUUGUGUGCAUAUUUGGUUUUAUGCUUGUAGAUAGGAGCUGGCAUAUUUCUUGCUUCAGUACCUAUAGUAGCCAAAAACAUGGUGCAUUUGCUCUUGCAUUCUGUGGAUGGCACUAAAUUAGCUUUGCUUUUGUACAAUACUAAAUUAACUUUGCUUUUGUACAAUACUAGCCAUUAAGGACAACAAAAAGAAGAUUAACACAUCUUGUUAAUAGGGUAUAUUUACAUCUGGCUUCAAUGAUAGACAAGUAGAAGCCAUGUAGAAAUCUGCUGCUGCUUUUAUGUGUAAUGACAGUUGAAAGAAUUAUUUUGAUGACUUGUACUGUUAAAGGUUCAGCCUCUCCUUUAGUUAUUUAUUGAUGCUGGUUUAUUUUUUACUUCUGUAUUUUAUUCCAUAGUCUCCUUGUUUAUGCAGAUGAUCUUUUUAUGAGCAGUUUGUAUCUGUGUUGUUUUCCCCUAACCUUUACUGUGCAUGGCAAGGCAGAGGGCUCUGCCAUUUGCCUCACUCUGAUAAGUGUGGCAGAGUUAAGUCAUCCAAGUGGGCUCAUCAAGACCUAGGCUGUUUGUUGUUGGGGGGGCACUGAGUUUUAGAAACUUUUGGGAGUCAAGCACACAACUGGACAUGUUUAUGUGACAACUAGGCAACAUUCGGCAGAGGAUCUCUCCUUGCAUUCUUUUAAAAGGGAUGCAUCCUAGGACAGCAAUUGCAUAUUAAAGGUUCGUCCUUUUGAACAAAAGUAGAAAUAUGUGCAGAAAAGUCAUAGGAGAGAUUGUUUUUAAUGAUAAAAACUAUUCUAAAUGUGUGGUGAUUUGAAAUGUCUAUGGUAAGUUUUAACACUUGUUUAUCUACUGUAUAUGUUUGAUUAUUUGAUAAUGAUUAUUUGUUCUUUUUAAUUAAGACCAGUAACUGGUAAGCUUUGAAGCAGGGCUGUCAAACUGGAGGCCAGAUUUAUGCUUCCCAGACUGCUCAGGAACUCAAUGACAUCUAUAGGUGACAUCAUUGUUUUCUUUUAUUAUGGCCCCAAAACAUAUAGUACCUGUAUAUUAAAUAACUGCCUUUAAGAGCAAAAAUGUAUGAUACUUGAGUGAUGUUAUUCUCUCAAGACGCAACACUGUUCUUUUUCAGCAGCCUUUUUAAGUUAAAUGGGAAAUGCAGCAAAUACAGAAGGGCACUUCUGUCUGCAGACAGGUAUGCCCUAGAAGACACAUUUUACCAUUUGCCUAGCUUCUGUGGUACAUUUCUCUCUCACAUGAAUGCAAUAUGGCUAUAUUUAUCAUCUUGCAUUUUAUGGCUCUUUUUGAGAGGACAUAAGCAAUUACAAUAUCUGAUGUAACAUUGCCAUGGCCCCCUAAUAGGCUUUACUUCUAUAUCAGUCAAUUGUUGGCCUUUACAAAUUGAAAGCAGGUUCUUUCACUUUUAAUUGUAAGAGUAAGGGUGCAUAUUUAUUUUGUUAGGAGUAAAGUCAGGCAGCAUCAUGCCUUUCCAGUCUGGUCAGCUCAGUAUGCCCAUUUGUUUGCCUCAAAAUAAGGUGACUUUUGGUAGUUUUGCUUCAGUUGAAUUCACAAUGUUAGUAUUUGGCAGCUCAGAGGUACAAAUUGUAACCCUAUGAGAGCCUGCACUGUGCAGCCACUGGCUGUUUUGACUUGCCGGUAGUAUUUCAAUCUCAGCAGCAAUUUAUUUCCUGAUGUUUUCUUAACUCCUUCCAAGCAAUAUCAUAAAUAUUAUUUGAACCAUUAUAUGUUCGGUUUCCACAACCAAUCCAUUACAAAGUUUAAAAACAACGCUUUACAUGUAUUUUUCAGUUUGUGCUGUUACAUGCUGUCAAACAUUUUCUGUGUUUAUAUCUUAAAGACAACACCAUUUUUGUGUUUACAUUUUUAGGGCUCUGGUAUGGUUACAGUUCAAAAAUACAAAUGUGACCUUUAUGUUUGUACACCAAUAUAUAUAUGCUUUAAUUGCACUCGACAACUUCUGUACAAAUUAUAGUUUUAUUUCUUUUUGUAAAUACGGUUUUAAAAUAAAUCUUUAGAUAUUCUAA